CCUCCCACGACGUGCCGCGCCCAACCGGGGCAACCAGCCUACAACAGUCCGACCGAGUAAACAAUCUGCUCGCCAGUGCACUGCCGUUUUAAUCCUUCCUCCCACAUUCCGCCGCUGACUCCUCUCGAGUUCAUGCUCGCCCACCCCCCCUUUCAAGAGUCAUCCGCAUACCAACCGCCGCCACCAUGAUGGCCUCUGAUGCACUGAGGCCACCGACCCAGAAUGGCGGCUCGCGUCCACCGACUUCUCGAUUCGUCGAGGGCUCCAUGAACGACAGAGUCAGCGCCGUGCCGCCACCACAAUUCCUCGGGCCCGAGCAGCUGGGGGAGUACGAGAGGAUGUUCUAUACCGAGCCGCAUGCCACUGUUGAUGCUGCUGCUGCUGCUGCUGUCGCCGCCGCCGCCGCCGCCGCCGCCUCCGCCGCACAGAGAGAGACACGCAGCAAGCCUCGCCGCGACCGGCCGUUCUCUGAUCCCGCACAGCUGCAGAGUGGCGGUGAAGACAGCAUCGCCAACAACACGACGGGACUGGAGCAGCACACCGUCGCCCAUAAGAAGUCCACCAGCUUCUUCAGCAGAGUCCGGGACGCCCUGGCCGGAUGGAACUCGUCGUCCUCGCGUGGCGGAGGAAUAGCCGCGGUAGUGACACACAGACAGCAGGACUCGAGGAAGCACAGCAGCCUCCAGGAGCCAUUGCCUCGGCAACAGCAAUCGCUACCGUCGAUGGCGACAACAGAGAUGCUACGGCCCGAGAACCUCCGCAAUACUAAGUCCCAUUCGGAGAUGUACGAGGUCAUGCCUCAGCUACCUAACGUCGGCGGUGCUGCCGCUGGAGGUGCCGCCAACCGCCCGUCACGCGACGAGAUCAUGCAGUCGUACAACCAAUUGAUGGCCUCGGGCUUCUUUCAGUCCCAUGCCAUACAAUCGACCCGCUACGCUCCGCCAGGUGGCCGCCAUUCUGAGGGUGCCGUAGUACCGGCCGCCGCUCGCUCGCCGGUGCCCCCGCCACGCAUCUCUUCGGUGGGCGUCGUCGCCAGCCCGUGGUAUAGCUCACCGCCGCAGAGCCCGGCCGCCCCCACCUUUGCCCGCAGCGGCAGGCCGAGCCUCAGCAGCAAUCGCAAUAGCAACGGGUCACGGCUACCCUCGAUACGCGUCUCGUCUGAGAUCGAGACGGCGGAGCCGCCCUCGGCCUUCCAACAGCUGCUACAGGGUAAGGACUCGUGGUACGCACUCCGCGGCCGUAAGCGCAACCGAGUCAGCGCCGAGGACUACUCGCCGCCGACGUCACCAGUCUCGCUCAUGGCGCCCGUAGUACCGCUCGUCGCCGCGGCGGCGCCUUCGUCAUCGACGACGUCGCUGUCCUCGUCGUCUUUUACCCAGCCGCUCAAGAGGGUCGCCAAGAAGCUCCGCAGGACUCCUUCGUCACCGCCACUGCCCCCCACCUCCCACCCGAGCCCCCACAUCCCCAACACUGACGCCAACCUCUCCGUCACUGCUCAGUUGAUCCGGAUCCCCGCCACCCGCAACGGCUCCUCGGCUUGCGCGCCCGACGGCAUCUUGCGGCUGCCGCCGUCGCAGUCGAUAGGCGGUACGGUGUACGUGGCGGAGCGCGGGGUGAGGGUGCGCUCGCCGUCUCCCGAACCGCGGCCGUCGUACGACGACGCGCUCGCGUUCGCGGUGGCCGACGGAUGGCAGUACCGGGACCAGCAGCAGGCGCGGCGCGGCGGGUACUACUUCUACGAUUCCGACCUCGACUGCGACCAGGAGCAGAAACAGCACGUGGCAGUGAGCAGGACUAGCAGCAGCCGCAGCAGCAGUAGCAAGAAGGCCCGCGCGAACCGGCUUCGCAAGCGCAGCAAGUCGUCGUCUCUGCGGUCGCGGUCCCGGCCCGGCACGGCGUCGUCGAUGAUGGCCGCGACAACGGUAGUAGUAGCGCCGCCGUCGGUGACAACACCGACAUCGUCGGUCAACUGGGAGGUGCUAGGCGCCGACGAUGACGACGACGACGACGACAGCGACAUCGAAAACGGCUACGCCGCCGACCGGAUGGACUGGGAGAGCAGCGAGGAGGGCACGCUGCGGCGCAGAGGCAGCGUCGAGCUGGCUCGGGACGCCCGCGGCGCGGCGAAGCCGCUGAGCGUCGUGCCGGAUGCGAAUCGCGGGAUCCCGUCCGUGCCGCGGAUCCCGGACCGCUACCAUUGCGGCUACGCCGGGAGCAGUAGUAGCAAGUCGGGCCGGCGCAGCGUAGCCACCGUCACCGACGAGAACGCACGGAUCAUGGAGGGGCGGGGUGUCGGGGAGGCAUUGUAAGGCUGACACAGCGUCGGCAGAUCUAGCCGGUCUGCCUACCGUCCUGUCGUCCUUGAGGCGCCCUCCAUAUUCUCGUUACGCCGCUCUACUUC